UCGAGGAUGUAACAAAUCGCGUAUUUCUGCCUUGAAUCUUCGGACAGUGAACCAUGUCGCAGCCUUCCAGGGCUCUCCCACAAAGCAAGGAAGCCCUUCUCAAGUCAUACCAGAAAAGGCUCAAAGAUGACAUAAAAUCAAUGAUUGACAACUUCACUGAAAUAGUGAAACUGACAAAGAUUGAUGAUGACACACAGGUUGGGAAGGCCACUCAAGGUGAACAAGAUCAUUAUGAGAUGCAGGUCCGGGCAGCAAAUAUUGUUCGUGCCGGAGAAUCUCUGAUGAAACUUGUAUCCGACCUGAAACAGUUCCUGAUUCUGAAUGACUUCAUGUCCGUCAAUGAAGCGAUAAUGCAGAAUUCACAACUUUUCCGUCACAUGCAGAUUGAAUGUGACAAUAAACUCAUGGCGCUGAGGGAUGAUAUGGCAACUGAUUUGUACGAGCUUGAGGAUGAAUAUUAUUCAUCUAUGUAUAAAUGAUGAGGAGCAGUAAUGAAGAGGAUAUUGUUUUGAAAAGGAAGAAGGCUUGUUGGACUAUUCAGACGAUCAAGCUGCUUGUGACGAAGCCAGGAUUGUGCACUAUUCUUUCAUGACGAUUGUACCAAUGACAGAUCUCUUCUUGAAAGUGUUUCUCUGUCCGUGCAGAAUGGGAUCUAGACCUAAGGAGCGGUUGAAACGAACACUGAACCUGGCCAAGUUUCCAUCAAAUGAACGGAUGUCAUCUCAAUAGUCAGCAUUAAUGUCUGGUCCUGAAAAUAGAUUCUCUAGUGCACAAGUCUCCGAGAGUCAGUCCACUUCACAUGUUAUGUGUAACUG